AUAUUUGAUGAUGUCGCAAGACUACCAACGUACCAAAACGAACUGUCAUGCAGCUGCCUGUCAGCUGCUUGCAAUCAUAAAAUUGAUAAACGCAGUUUUUAAUUGAAAUUAUUAUAUUUGCUACUUCCUGAUAACUUCUAUUGUGGUUAAAUGGAUGGCAAUUGAGUGGGGUGCAUAUUAUUAGUGUUCCUCGGUGCCUAAACAUCGACGCAAAACCAUGCCGGGCACAAAUCUCAUCGUACCGGUUGUGCUCUGGGGCAAGUACGCCCCCACCCACUGCGUCUCAGCCGUGUACCUGUCCAGAGACCAGAAGACGCUGGUGACGGGCUGCUAUGAUGGACAGAUCUGCAUAUGGGCGGUGGACCCGGAGUCGUUGAAGAUGACCCCUCGCUGCUUGCUUGUAGGGCACACUGCUCCGGUUACUUGUUUGUCCAGAGCUUCAAUUAUUCAGGAUAACAAUUUCAUUGUGAGCUCUUCCGAGGCUGGUGAGAUGUGCACCUGGGAUCUUGUAGAUGGAAAGUGCCGCGAGAGUGUAAAGUUAUCUCAAAUACAUACCAACAUACAGGCAUACCACAUGUGCAACAGUGAUGACUUGCGACUGUUCUGCAACGGCUACUACGCUGAGAUCCUCAUCAUGGACCCGUUCUCCUUGGAGAUACUGUUCUCGCUCAGCUCCAAGAUGAACCCGGACUGGAUAUCUGCGUUGCAUGUACUCCGACCAUCAUCGAGGAAAGACGACGUCGUUUUGGCCAUUUCGAUUACAGGGACGGUUAAAGUUUGGUCCCUCUUAGGUCAUGAGAACAAGCAAUCGGAGCCGAUCUAUGAAAAUGAAUCGAAACAGAUUCGCUGUCUCAACGCGUUAUCACUUAACUGCUGUGCUUACAACCAGCGGACAGUACUGAUAGUGUGUGCGAAGUACUGUCAGAUAUACGACGCCGGCGAUUUCUCCGUGCUCUGCUCGAUCCAAGCCCCGACCGGGGAGCGGUGGAUGUCUGGCGACUUUCUGGCGCCCGAUCGCGUGCUGGUCUGGUCUACGGAAGGCAAAGGCUACCUGUACAGGCUGCCCGCCAACAAACUGCGCGGACGGGUUCUAAGUAGCUCCGUACCAGAUCACAAGGGCUUCCACGGGCCUACUGUGGCUCACGAUAGCCCCGUCCUGUUUGGUAUCUUGGCCCAUCCUGAUAACAAACUACUAUCAUGCCCGCCCGCAAUGCGUUUCGUGAUCACAUCAGUGGGAGGCAAACAGCGACGCCUAUUACUCCGCGGUGACUCACUAGGGACCGUGUCUGUUUGGAACGUGGAUGACGCCGCUACGCCGGCGGUGGGGACUAUUCCAUCCCACGCGCCAAUUGUGCUGACUAGCCUGGAUAUGGCCUGGGCGGAGAUGAACCCCAGCCCGGUUGGUAUUUUGGACCAAUUGCACCACCCUGAGGAACCCGAAGUAAAACUCACGGCUUCCAUCUACCUGCUAGCAGCUAACCGUCUCGUGGUAGGCCGAGAGGACGGCUCCAUAGUGAUAGUGAACGCCACACACACGGUACAGCUACAGUUGUUGCACGGGAACCAUCAACAACUUGACGAUUGGCCACCGCAUCAGUUACUGCACGGCCAUAAUGGAAGGGUCAACUGUCUUUUGUACCCCCACCACGUACAUCCCAGAUACGACAGAUCCCACCUAGUGUCUGGGGGCAUAGACUUCGCAGUUUGUCUCUGGGACCUAUUCAGUGGUCAACUGUUGCACCGGUUCUGCGUACACGCGGGAGAAAUUACGCAGCUGAUCGUCCCGCCGCAUAACUGUUCUCCCCGAAUCCAGAAAUGCAUAUGCUCAGUCGCAUCAGAUCACAGCGUGACAUUGCUAAGUUUGGCCGAGCGGAAAUGCGUGACGCUAGCUUCACGCCACCUGUUUCCGGUUGUCAGCAUAAAAUGGCGGCCAGGCGACGAUUUCAUGGUUGUCGGAUGUAGCGAUGGCACCGUCUAUGUGUGGCAGAUGGAAACCGGUCAUUUGGACAGAGUGUUGCAUGGUAUGAUAGCGGAAGAGGUAUUAUCAGCAUGUGACGAAACGGUAGCAGAUGACCUUGGAGGAUCGUUGGCGGCUGGCGGUGGGGGCAGCGAUUUACAAGGCGCUGCUAACCCUGCUGUGCAUUUCUUCAGAGGUCUCCGUCAUCGCAAUUUGAACGCGAUGCGCGCCGCCACGCAGCGCGGUAUAGCGGCGCUGCAGGCGCCCGCGGGCGGCGGCGGCGCGGGGCCGCUCGCCGAGCCCGCCAGGGCGAGGCGAGCGCAGCUCACCGUGCAGGGCUUCCGGAGCAACCCGAAAGAUCCGGAGAGUCAUAUUCUCUUUUUCGACAUCGAAGGACUCAUUGUAGAGUUGUUGAGCGAAGAGUAUUCAGCCAUGAGCCCUGGGACUUUAGAGGCUGCCGGUCUAAUCACCAGCGAAUACAUGACAAUGGCUGCGCUCACGCAAUCUGCGAGUCCUGACGCCACUAAAAGGAUAUCCGGUAUCCUGGCCAAGAUGAAGGAGGGCGCGGAGACGGUGCAGACCAAGCUACAGGCGAAAGCGGAACAGCUGAAGAGCCACAUGGAGAACAAAGAUCAAUCCAGUCAGGGUCAGAAGAAGCGUCCAGCCGACAUGACCUUGGCUGAGCCUCCACACACCAUGCAGAUCGCCCAGAUCCUGAUAUCGCUUCUGCACGCUUGGGGUCUUGACCCUGACCUGGACAGAGUAUGUGAGGCUAAGCUGGGGCUGCUGAGACCUAUGGUCCCAGUUUGCUUCGGCGUGGUAUCCCGUCACGGUCACAUGGCGGUACAGCUGCCAACCCGACUUGGCUCAGUCGCGGCUGGGGUAAAGGAUCCUCAACUCCUCAAGUCAGAUUUGCCACCAGAACUUUUAAGGCAGGAGGAGCUCACCAGACUGUUCUCAUCGAAGCUACACUGGGAGCUAAGCACGACCCUAACCACCAAUCAUUUACUGUCCAUCGUGGCUCUAGCCAACACUCUCAUGUCCAUGAGCAACGCCACCUUUAUACCAGAGCAGGAGUUUAACCGAAGGAUGCACAGGCCUUCAACCAGAAGCUCUUCAUCAUGGGCUGGUGACGAGGAAAGGGCUGAGCAGUUGGCCGCUCAGCAACAGCAUAUUAAACAGGGCUGGUCCCUCCUGGCCACGCUCCAUUGUGUACUGCUGCCUGAUAAAGUGGUGGCUGCCGGAGCAAAGAGCUUCAAGCGUCCGCAAGUGGAAAUGCUGGCCCGCAGAUGGCAGCACCACUGCCUUGAAGUGCGCGAGGCGGCGCAGGCGCUGCUCCUUGCUGAGCUUGGAAGAUUGGGCCCUAAAGGUCGCAAGGGUCUGGUAGACAACUGGGCCCAGUACCUGCCCUUAUACACGCACACAGAGAGCAUCAACCCUCACGCUGCCCACAAGGAACCCGCUGAGAAGGCCGCUAAAGCUGAGGAAGAGUUUGAGGAGGAAGAGGAGGAGAUAGUCCGCAAACCCUCCUCUCUGGCAGAACUCAAACGCAAGCAGACAACAGCAGUAGUGUUGCUCGGUGUGAUCGGCGCCGAGUUCGGACAAGACAUCACUAGUGAAGGAGCGGCGAGCAAUAAGAGACGCAAGGACGGAGAUAGCAGAAAGAGCUCCGUCGUCGAAGGCUUCACUUUAUCCGCCUCCAACAACCUGGCGCGCCUGACGGCGCUCGCGCUCACACACCUGCUGCUGUCGCCGCCAUGCGCGCGCCUUCCUGCACAUACCCCACUGCGGCGCGCGGCCGUCGACUUGCUCGGACGUGGGUUCACUGUAUGGGAGCCUUAUUUGGACGUCAGCCAUGUUUUGUUAGGUCUGCUGGAGAUGUGCUCGGACGCGGACAAGCUUGUGCCGUCCAUGAGCUACGGACUGCCGCUUACCGCGCAGGCCGACUCCUGCCGUACAGCGCGCCAUGCGCUCACUCUCAUCGCCACCGCUAGGCCAGCUGCCUUUAUAACAACAAUGGCGCGCGAGGUCGCUCGCUGCGCCGCCGCCCAACAAUCCGGGCAGCCUUCACCCGCCUACCACGCCCUGCAGAAGGGCAGAGCUGAGGUCCUGAGGGGCAUAGAGCUGCUUAUAGAUAGGAUGCAUAAUGAGGUCGCUGAACUGUUGGUUGAGGUGAUGGAUAUAAUUCUGCACUGUGUGGACCAGUCUCACCUAAAGAGCAAAGGUCUCAACGAGGUGUUCCCCGCGAUCUGCCGGUACAACCAGGUGUCCCACUGUCCCGCUACUAGAAGGAUUGCAGUGGGCAGCCACACGGGCCAACUGGCUAUGUAUGAGCUUCGCGCCGGUCGCUGUCAGUCCCUGGCGGCCCAUAGCGGGCCUGUGACUGCCUGCGCCUUCAGCCCUGACGGACGCUAUCUCGUAUCAUAUGCUACAGCUGACAAUAGGCUGUCAUUCUGGCAGAGUACCGCUGGCAUGUUCGGGCUGGGCGCCGCGCAGACGCGCUGCGUGAAGUGCUACAGCACGGCGCCCAUGGCCGACGUGGCGCGCCUCAACCCCGCGCGCCUGGCGCGCCUCGUGUGGACCAACUCGCGCACCGUCACGCUCAUGCUGGCAGACGGCUCCGAGACGCGCUUCAACGUAUAA